AUUGUGUAGGGCUGUGUAGCUCAUGAUACGAUAUCAUGAGAUUAUUGUAUCACUACAGCCCUAACCUCAACCUUAUUGAAACCCUAAUGAAAAUAUGUGGCUAAUUCUUAAAAGCCAAUGGGUUUGCCCAGAAAUCAGCCAAUUUAAAUUCAUUGAUGGCUAAAAAUUGUGUGAUUUAUGCAAUAAAUUCAACCAUAGGUACUCCAUUAUACUAGUUACUCUCAACAUAGUUUGACGGUAUUGUUCAGUUAAUUCCCACACAACACAACAACACACCAGGGAGCUCUGCUCUGCACUUAAAUUGAUUUGCAUGUCAGUAGAUAUGUGAUGCCGUCAUGAUGUGGCCAACUAAUCUCUGUUCUCUCCAGCAUGGAUGGAUUCAGGGUCGUCAAGCUGAAUGAGGUCAUUCGCCUGGUCGAUGUUAUCAUCACAUGCACUGGGAACAAAAACGUGGUGACCAGGGACCAGCUGGAUCGAAUGAAAAAUGGCUGCAUUGUGUGCAACAUGGGACACUCAAACACUGAGAUCGAUGUGGCUAGUCUACGGACUCCUGAGCUGACGUGGGAACGAGUCCGCUCUCAGGUGGAUCAUGUGAUCUGGCCUGAUGGCAAAAGGGUCAUCCUGCUGGCUGAGGGGCGCCUGUUGAACCUGAGCUGCUCCACCGUUCCCACCUUUGUCCUUUCCAUCACAGCCACCACUCAGGCUUUGGCCCUCAUAGAGUUGUAUAAUGCCCCAGAGGGACGUUACAAACAAGACGUGUACUUGCUUCCCAAAAAAAUGGAUGAGUACGUGGCCAGUUUGCAUCUGGCCACUUUUGAUGCCCACCUGACAGAACUCACAGAUGAGCAGGCAAAGUAUCUGGGUUUGAAUAAAAAUGGCCCCUUUAAGCCAAACUACUACAGGUAUUAGGCUGCCACCACCACGGUCCGGACCAGCCCUACGUGGAUCUGUAUAUUUCUGAUAUUACCUGUUCUCAAGAAAGAUAGACUUAUCUAUCUUGUAUUUUUCACAGGAGGUACAAGUUGCAUUUAGACGCAUCUGACGUGCUGCUUCCUAUAAACGAUGCACGUGGCACUUAGCUGGCUAUGAAAGGUUAAUGUAAUAAUUACAGCACUGGGAUAUCUGAUAGAUGUAUUGAAUGUGUUUCCUUAGCUGCUGGUUCCUGUCUGAGAGCUUUUCCAGUAAAAUGUGCCAAAUAACAGAGGGCUAGUGUUGUGAAAGAUAAAGAACUAAAAA